UAGCAACCCCUCCACACGAGCGAUCUACUCGGAGCGAUCUGUUGAGUCGAUCGACGUUUGCGUUUGAAUUAGUGUUGCUCGCUCGGUUCGGCUCAGUUGCUACUGUCGGGACAUUACCCUUGAGCGGCAGUGUGUUGCAGUAGUGCAUUCGUGAGAGUCGCAAUUCAGCAUGAUGUACGCGUGGCACAGUAAAAUUGCCCGGCCCGCAACGUUUGCUCUGGUGGCGUUCCUCAUCGGCUGUGCCCUCGCGCUACCGGCCCUGGAACGGGCCGAGGAUGGCGAGCUUUCCCUGUCUCCGAAUGGAACCGUCCACGAGGAGGUUGUGGUCGCUGCGUCGCUCUACGUCCGGAAGAAGCCUGCUCGGCAGCAGCGACAGCAACCGAUCGUUCCCGUCCAUUCGAUGGGCAAAAGAGAAAUACGCCUGCAACAGUCCGUAAGCGGCGCGGAAGGCAAGUCGCAUGGGGACAAGAUAAUCGGUAACUCGAAGCGACUCAACGAGAAGGGCAUCCCUCAGACCAAACCCACUCCUCGCCACGGCAAUCACUUAUAGAUCGUCGGAUCAGCAGCGCCAAUCGAUCGCAGACGGAACGGCGCGAAUCUAUGUAGUGAACUUGUUAAGCGAUUACGAAAUCUACGCAAUGAGGCUACAGAGGUCUACUUAAUUUGCAAAGCGAACUGAAUGUGCGUGUUUGUGUGGUCCAGAGUGGGAAAAUGGCGGCCUUAUUGUUAGGAAACAACCAUCCGAGAUCAUGGUGCAAGAAUUUCUACAACCUCCACCGCCGAUUGUUCCGUGCCGCCUGACGAUGAUUAACGCCAGUCAGUGUGCUUAGGGUAGAGUUGUUUUCGCAACCAAUAGUGUUCCUCGAUGUAUGAGUGUCUAACUGAGGCUGAUAACAGAAUUCAACCGUUCGUUGCUUGAUACGGUUAUCAGUGUAUGAGGCGUUUCGAAUAAUAUUUACGCGUUUUUUUCCUACAUUCAAACAAAAGUUGUAUAUCAAUACGAAUAAAAACUGUUUCUUAAAUUAAA